UUUCGUUUCUUGUAUGCUCAUGUUCAACUAUUCUUCUUCAUCAUAAAUACUCAUUGCUACCUUACAACUGUUCGACAAAUUGCCUCAAAGAGAGAAAAAAAGGGCAAUACAUUAGAAAGAAGCACAGGUGAAAGGAAAUUGAUCUAUGCAAACAAAGGAUUCAUCAAUCGUAAUAAUAAUAAUAUUUGAUUAUGAGCGGAUUUGAUCAGUUACAAUGUUCUUCUAAUCUAAGCCGCAUUAUUGCUGGCCUUCUUCUUUUCAUGCUUUAUCAUUCUUUUCAAUUAAUUUCCAAUUUCUUGCUUCCUAUACACCCUUAAAUUUCCUCAGCCUUUUUUUUCUUCUCAAUUUUUCAAGCACAUUGUCUGUCUGAUUUCUUCGAAUCCACGUCACCAUUAUUGUUUUCAUGGAAAUUAAAGCGGAUGAUUCUGGCUCAAAUUCUUUGUUCGACGGGUCUUUACCACCCCGCUUAGGGAGGCCAAGCGGCUUAUCUCCAUCAGUCAUUGUAAUUGGUGGAGGUAUCUCAGGGGUAGCUGCUGCACGUUUCCUUCAGAAUGCUUCUUUUAAGGUGCUCUUGCUGGAGUCACGGGAUAGACUCGGUGGUCGCAUACACACUGACAACUCGUUUGGUUGUCCAGUUGAUAUGGGAGCUUCAUGGCUCCAUGGCGUGUGCAAUGAAAAUCCUUUGGCUCCAUUGAUACGGCGGUUGGGGCUCACUUUGUAUCGAACAAGUGGUGAUGACUCAGUGCUGUAUGACCAUGAUUUGGAAAGCUGCAUGCUGUUUGACAUGGAUGGUCAUCAAGUUCCUCAAAACACAGUUGCUGAAGUAGGAGAUGUAUUCAAGAAAAUCCUCAAUGAGACUGAGAAAGUGAGAAAUGAGAAUAUCAAUGACAUAUCGGUUCUUCAAGCAAUAUCUAUUGUAUUAGACAGGCAUCCUGAGCUGAGGCAAGAAGGAAUCUCUCAUGAAGUACUGCAGUGGUACAUAUGCAGAAUGGAGGCGUGGUUUGCUGCCGAUGCAGACACGAUCUCUCUUAAAACCUGGGAUCAGGAGCAAGUUCUUACGGGUGGUCAUGGACUAAUGGUGCAGGGUUAUUACCCGGUGAUAGAGGCAUUGUCAAAAGAUAUUGAUAUUCGUUUGAAUCAUAGGGUGAAGAGGAUUACGAAUGGGUACAACAAGGUGAUGGUUACAGUUGAGGAUGGGAAGAAUUUUGUUGCGGAUGCUGCUAUAAUAACUGUGCCUGUUGGGGUCCUGAAAGCCAACUUAAUUGAGUUCAAACCGAAAUUGCCAGAAUGGAAGCUUUCUGCAAUAGCUGAUCUUGGUGUGGGCAACGAGAACAAGAUAGCAUUACGUUUUGAUAAUGUGUUUUGGCCAAAUGUCGAAUUGUUAGGCAUUGUUGCCCCUACCUCUCAUGCUUGUGGGUAUUUUCUUAAUCUCCACAAAGCAACAGGGCAUCAAGUCCUUGUCUAUAUGGCUGCUGGAAGACUUGCUUAUGACGUCGAGAAAUUAUCAGACAGAGGUGCCGCUUAUUUUGCUAUGCGGCAGCUGAAGAAAAUGUUUCCUGAUGCACCUGAACCUGUUCAGUAUCUUGUAUCACGCUGGGGAACAGAUCCCGACUCACUAGGAUGUUAUUCAUAUGAUCUGGUUGGGAAGCCAAUGGACGUAUAUGAUAGGCUUCGGGCACCGUUAGGUAAUCUAUUCUUUGGAGGCGAAGCCGUCUGUAUGGAUGACCAUCAAGGGUCCGUGCAUGGUGCCUAUUCAGCUGGAAUCAUAGCUGCUGAAGAUUGCUCCCGGCAUCUCAUUAAGAGACUUGGAAGUCUUGAAAUAGCUCAGCUUGUUUCCUCCAGGGAAGAAAUUCUCAAAUCCAUUGUUCCCCUCCAGAUUUCCAGGAUGUGACAAUCUUGCCACGACACAUAAAAGAUCGGUUAAUUAGGUGUGACGUCGUUUAGUUUCCUUUUUUUUUUUGUUUAAUCGAGGAAUCUGCUCAACAAGUAGUGUUUUCCAGUUCAUUGUCAUUUGGUGAAAUUGCUAUAAUGAUGAAUGAAGUUGUAGCACUUGUGCAACUUUGAAUACCCAAUUAAUCAAGUUUGCUACUUUCCAUUUGCAAA